AUGUUUGAAAAAAGUGGUUCUGGGUAUUCAUCGUCUUCCAGUGCCAAAGAAGUUAGUCAUGGAAUCGAUAACACUGUUCUUGAUGCUAUUGUCAUAGCGAGAGGUGUGAAAAGAAAACUCAAGGAAUCUUCAAGUGAAAGGGUUUCUGUUUCUUCUGAUGUUAUCGUUACAAAUUCGCCGAUUAAGAUUUCCCAACCCGAGAAAGGAAAAGUUACUCACAAGGUUAAACAUGAUCUUCCACAUACAAGAGAGACUAAAUUCCUAGGGAAGCAAGCAACCAAGAUUUCUGCAGGCACUUCUUCUGAGGCAGUCAUCGUCUCUUCAUGCGAGAAAAGUUUUGAUGCCAUUUGUCAUGAGAAGGACCUCCCUAGUUUUAAGGGUGGUGUUCAGGGCUUUGAGACCAUAAGUCCGGAAAAAAAUUAUUCAUCAAUUGUAGCUUAUGGUCUCAGAGUGUCUCAGCUUGGGAAAAUUGCUCAAGAGGAAUUCAACAAAACCAAAGAAGAACUCAAAGAGGCUAAAGAUUAUUUGAAAGAAGAAAAAGAGAAAAUGGACUUUACUCUUGAGUAUCUUGAUGAUCUCCAAGCUGAUCUAGAGAAUUCGAAGAAGAAGUUCAAGGAUGAGCUUAGCUAUUAUGCUGAAGUAGAGAAGAAGAAGAAUGCGAAAGUUGAAUCGUUGGAAAAAGAGGUCAAGUUCUUAUUAGACAGAUUGAUCGAUGCAAAGAAACAGAUGGAAGUGCAUAAUGAAGAGAUCUAUAAGUUGAAAAUAGAUUGUGCGACUAAGUAUCUAGAAGGUUUUGAUGUUGCUCUAAAGCAAGUCAGAUUUCUUCACCCUAACAUCGAUGUUUCUGAAGUUGACUCUCUUAAGUUCGUAGAGGACGGAAAGUUGGUUCUUAUGUAG